AAUUUCACAUUUCCCCAAAACAACCACUCUGCCCUGUCUUCCCGCUGCAUUUUGUUAAAACCAUCGCCUUUUUUAUUGCGAUAGGUAGCUUUCUCAGUGGCAAAGUUGCCCACGAUGGACUCAAAGCGAGAUAAAGACCAAGAUGCAGACUGCGAGAAGAUAACUGCUGUGCUGCUCAAGUCACGUACAGGAGAAUUUGAUUUGGAGUCGAUACUGUUUCUCAAAUUGAGAGGUCUUGGAAUACAUGAUCUCGGAUGCAUUGGGGAGUGUGUGAAUUUAGAAAAACUGGACCUCUCUGGAAAUAACAUCACAAAUUUAGCUCCUCUCGCAUCUCUUCGGCUUCUCUCCGUCCUCUGUUUGUCUAAUAACAGGAUUCCCAAUUUAGAGCCCCUGCGCAGUUGUGACAGUUUACAGAACUUAAACUUGGCUGGUAAUAAUAUAUCCAGCAUUGAGAACCUUCACUGCCUUCAGCCUUUGAGAAAGCUAGAAAAUAUACGUCUUAAAGACAACACUUAUAAUUACACUAAUCCAGUUUGCAGGAACACGUCAUAUAGAAAUCUAGUUCUUGAGAUGUUCCCCAACAUCAAGGUGCUGGAUGGAGAGAGAGUGGUUGGACGUGGCAGUGACUUGUACCAGUUAUGCAAAGACAUUGAUGAGACCAUCAAAGCUGGUUUAUACAAGAAUGGACAGCUUGUUGAACAUCCUGAUUGCAAACCAUGGGUGGAGGAUAAUUACUGGGAGAUAAAAAGAUCAAACAAUGCCAUUAUUGAAGAAGCAUACAAACAGUUUAAUGACGUACUUCAUGAAUGCAGACUCCUCAACAACAGAGCGACUCAUGUCAUUUCCCAAACUGAAAGAUCUAUGAGCCUGAAAAAGCAGCCUAAGCAGUAUGCUAUCUAAGUUGGGCUGUUUUGAACGCAUUUGUGUGCAAGUUUUUGUUGUAUGAUAUACCAUGGCUAGUGUACUGUAGCUUUUUAUGAAAUUACUAAGCUGUAUCCAAAUGCUUGAUCAGUAUCAUUGCCAGACACAUGCUUUGUGUUGCGGUGUGAGGCAUUUGUUGAAAUUCUAUCUCAUCCUAUGCAUUGCGUAUCAGACGAUACAUGUAAGUGGUUUUAAAAACCUUUAUCCAUACUGACACCCCUCAGUUUGGUUCAAAGAUGUCUUUACUUGCACAGUGUGCAUUUUGUACCAUCUUGUAGCCUGCAUUUAUGCUGAGUGCUAUGCUGCUUAAGAAUUUCUAUAGGUUUUAAGUAAUUAAGAGCUGUUUUCCAUUUUGCAUUGCUGACUGAUUUUGGGAGUUAAUGUGCCCCAUGCUGUAUGCUUUCUAUGUCAGUUGAACUUUUGCAAAAAGUGACCGAUUGUUUCAGCUGUUUCUACUUGUUUUAUACCAUAAAGUUUAUUAUGUGUACAA